CGCGCGUCAUCUUUGAAAGCUGUGGGAAUGCGACCGAAGGCUAACGGCGUCCGAAGUUUACAGCUAAUUCGGGCUACAUGUUUUAUCCUCUCAGCCUUCCGCCGCAACACAUAUCCAAUUCUCAAACUAAAUAUGGACACAAACACCUAAACUAUUAACACUUUAUAUCUUCUUUCUGACACUCCAGGAGCUCCUUAUAGACUCUCUCCAGCAGACCAGCGGCAGCGCCAGUAAGAUUCAUUUUCAGGUGUCAACUGAAAUGUCGUGUGGCGUGCCCUGUCCGCUCAUGUGUUCAUCAUGACGUCAUUCCUAUUAAUGAGGUGAAGGAAAGUACAUGUAGACAUGUAGCUGUGUUCCACUGUUCCACACGGUGUUUGCGCUGCAGUUCUAACAUCGCCGUCGUCUCCUCAUGAUGUCGAUCAUACUGGGUCUGACGUUGGUCUGCUGGACCAUGCUCAUUCACACACAGAGCCUGGAGCUCUUCAACUUCACUAAGGAAGAUGCGCUCACCUGCAGCCAGGGUCUUACAGAUUGUAAAGUAAAGCCAGGUGAUAAUAUAUGUCUCUUUCAUGAUGACCGGGUUAAUGUCAGUGGUCUUGAUGCUCAGGCGCUGUUGUGUAUCAGUUAUCAAGGAUUGCGUCCAUGCUUAAGAAUCUUGAUUAACCUUACAACUGCAGGAAUCUACGAGGAAUCCGCUCUGUCCAGAGAAGAUUAUGACAAAAGAAGUGAGAACAAGUUAAAUGAGCAUGGAAGUGGCCUGGAAGCAUCUGAUUCCACAUCAGUGUCUGUCCAAGUGUGUUACCAAGGCCCAGACUUUCUAUAUUCUAAAGAGCUCACUUUCACACUGCCCUCAUCAGAUGACCAUGCUACACAGAUGUGGGUGUCAUUGGUAGUAGAGCUAAGGGAAGUUGAUUUUGGCAGUAUGGUCACUGUCUCCUCUUCAAACAUUGAUAAACCCAGAUUCACUACAGGCAUCAACAUCCCUGAAAUUGACAUAGUUUGUUCUCAAGGGCUGCCUAUUGCCAAAUGUAAAGCUCCCAUUUUGAAUCUACAAAUCAACCCCAAAACAGGAAUGGCAGAAUUAAGUUUGGCUGAGCUAGCCAAGAAUGAAGUUCAGGAGCUGCAGGCCUGCCAGAUGAUGGAGAAUGAUGGGCCGUGUUUGAGUCUAGAGUGGAAAGAGAAUCCACUGAUGAUUCCAACGAGCUCUGUUGCCCCCUGUCUCUGCUUUCAGAUUUGGUGGGGGGAUAAACCUCGAAAGAUGUUUUGCCCAUUUUUUAAUAAAACAGUUCUUUCGGUCUCUAAUAUAUCUGUGUCUGUGGUGGAGUCUUCGACUCACGAUGGAGCAACUGCUAUAGACAGCACUGCGCUUGUUUGGGACAUCACUGCCCCCUGCAGACUGGAGGCUGAAAUUCAUCUCUGCAAGAAAACCCUAGGCUCCAAAAAAGACUGCCAUGUAAUAGGUGAUUUGAGGAACAAUGGGAGUCAUGAACAUAGAAAUUGGAGCUUGAUUAACACGCAGUGGCAUCUACAAGGCGAGUUUACUCAAGUGGAACGUCAUCCUUUACUCUGUGUGCAGAUCAAAGCUAGGGGAAUCGAAGGCCAUUUUGCCCUUAUCUGCCCUUUCGAACUUACCAGAGCUCAUUGGAGUGUGUUUCUGUUGGUAUCUAUGCUAGUCAUAUGUCUGGCAGUUUUGGGAGUGUAUAUUCUUCAGGGAUUACUCAAAGCAGGUUGGAUAUUUAAAUGGCUGAAAAUGGAUACCCUCAGCAGUAGAGUAGGAGAUGGUCAGGUGGUGUUGCUGUACCCUCCGGAUGCAGACAGAGGUGUUGCAGAGCUGGUGUGUCACCUGGGCUCGGCACUUUCUUCGCUGGGAUUUGGUGUCUCUCUGGAGUUGUGGAGUCGCGAGGAGCUAAACGCACUCGGCCCGGUACCAUGGUUGCACUCACGUCUUCAUCGCAUGCAGUGCCACGGUGGCAAAGUGGUGCUCGUGCUCACCCCGGCCGCCUGGGCCCGAGCAGAGGAGUGGUGUCGAAGCAGAGGAGAGAAGACAGAGCGGCGAGAGAACUACUCUGAUGUUUUCAGCGCCUCUCUCAGCUGCAUUCUUGCCGAUUACCUGCAGGGCCGCGCCGGCGAACGCUUUGCCCUGGUGCAAUUUGAAACGAAGCCGGCCGAACCCCCGAACGAAAGGGGAUCCAUGCCUGAGCUUUUUCGUGGACUUCCGCUUUUUAGCCUGCCCUCACAGAGCUUGGGAUUUCUAACUGAGAUCACUCAUGGAGCUCACGAAGGACAAAAACAAAAUGAGAGGGCUGAGAGCAGAAAAACAAGAGCUAGUGUUUUGAGAGCAGGAGCACGAAUUCUAGCCGGAACACUGCGAGAGCUAACAGGGGGCGCAGGAUACAGGUUAGCAGGGGUUCCUCAGAAUUGCAUGGGGUUGGAGAUGGACGAUCCUUGGGUCACUAUACCUCUAACACUAGAGCACUUGACUCCACCUGCUAGUCCUGAGUUUCUCAGUGAGACCAGCACUGUCAACUGAAUUUCUGUAAAUUAGCCCAAAUAUCACUAAAGGGCAUAAGAGAACAGGCGAUGAUGUCUUUCAGAACCGGGGUUCUGACUUCAAUCCUGAUUCCAUAUAUUUCAACAUUUCUACAAACUGUGUGUAUGUUUUCUACCUGAGACGAUAUAUACUGCAUGUAGAAUAGUCAUGAAAUAGAUUUAACGAGAUGUACUUUAAAUAUAUAAAGAUGCAGUUAAUAUUAUAAAAUCAAACAGGUACUUUGGGUCAAUAAGACAGUUGCAAUGCAGUAAACAGACACUCAGGGUUGAUUCUGGAUUCUUUUAUCAUUGCUAAACUCAAAUUUGUGGUUCAGCAGCGUCCAGCUGUAUCACAUUGUUUUUGAGGACAACAAGGAAUUUUUUUUUUUGUCUGUUGUUACUUGUCACUUUGUAAAUAUAAACCAGUUUGUAUAGUCGUGCAUUUGCUUGUUUGUAAAUAAAAUACGUUUGUGAUUA